AUGGAGACACUUGAUCUCAAGUCAGGAGGCUCAGAUCGGUGUCAGUCGCUGUCAGCCUCUAAAGUGGCUGUUAUAGGAGCUGGUUCUGCAGGCCUGGUAGCUGCUAGGGAAUUAAGCAGAGAGGGGCACCACGUACAGGUAUUUGAGCAAGGGCAAACCUUUGGUGGCAUCUGGAACUAUCAGGACGAGGUUGAGGACGAUUUGUUGGGCAGAUGUCCGGAGCGAAGGAAGGUUCACAGCAGUCUGUACAGCAGCUUGCGUGUCAAUCUGCCAAGGGAAAUUAUGUCCUAUUCGGAUUUCCCUUUCACUCCAGACGCCAUGCGUGGCAAAUCGCAGGACAGCAGGCGAUAUCCGCAUCACACAGAGGUGCAACACUUUCUUGAAGCCUUUGUUGAAGAAUUUGGCCUGCGGGACCUGAUCCAGUUCAGCACCCGGGUUGUGGAAGUCUCCCCACUUGAUUACACAUGCAAGACAGAUGCUGCCAUGAACAUGCAGGAAUUCAUUGGUACAUAUGUCUUUGAUGCAGUAGUUGUUGCUGUGGGAAACUACCAUGAACCCAAUCUGCCUGAUGUGGAGGGUUUGGACGACUUCCCUGGCCUACAAAUGCACUGCCACAAUUUCAGGCAUGCUGAGCGGUUCAGAGAUCAGACUGUGGUCGUCGUGGGCGCCUCCUUUUCUGGUGAGGAGAUAGCUCGACAGAUUGCAGAUGUGGCUCUGCACGUCUAUCACAGUGCGCGCACAUGGGGAAAGCAGCUCAAUGAUUCCCAGACGCGCCCAAAUCUGCAGCGCGUCCCCAUGCUGGCCAGGCUUGGCGGCAAUGGCAGCGCAGAGUUCUCAGGCGGCAUUACUGCAGAGGGCGUGGAUGCUGUUGUGUACUGCACCGGGUACCGAUACUCAUAUCCCUUCUUGGAGCGCACGGGCUUGAUUUCCACAGAUGACAACCGAGUGACCCCCCUCUACAGACACAUAUUUGUGCCGUCUGUGGCCCCAACGCUUGCCUUCAUUGGUCUCCUCUGGAAGUCUUUGCGGAAUUCCCAAUUCGAGCUGCAGGCCAAAUGGGUGGCGCAAGUACUGUCAGGAAGGGUGGCACUGCCCUCUCGUGAGGAGAUGGAAGCUGACAUGGAAGCUUUCUACAGACUCCUAGAGAAGAAUUCUAUCCCUGUGCGGUAUACACACUGCCAGAAUGACGCCAUGCCAGUGUCACAAUGGGAGUACAAUGACAUGCUGCGGAGAUCCUGCUCCCCAGUGCCCCUUCCUGCUGAGGCCUGGCGGGUCAAGCUGCACGAUGCAAUCAGCACCAAGAUUCUGCAACAGCCAGACACUUUUAGGGACGUGCACAGUGCUGAAGAACAGGCGCUCUUUGAGGAUGCUGCAAAAGGGUGUGCAGCAACGUGGGCAUAUCUGAAAGAAAGGCAUGCUGCGUGA